UAGUAUCAUCAUAGUAGAAUAUACAAGUUAUAAUUUUUUAAUCAAGUUUGCUAUCGUGACUACGGACUCUAAGAAAAGACAGAAGUACCAAAAAUAUAACGAGGAAGCUGUUAUGGCCGCUGUUGCUGAUGUUCGAGACAAUCAUUUUUCAUGGAGAAAGGCAAGUUUAAAAUAUAAUGUACCUUCUCAGACAAUUGUUGGUAGAAUAAAUGGCAGGUACGGUGCCGCCAAGCAAAAGAUCGGUUGUAAACCUGCCUUAGAAAAAGAGGACAAAGAAAGAAUAAAAGACUUUUUGAUUAAAGCAGCAAAAAUAGGAUAUGGUAUUUGCCAAAACGAUGAAACAAGCAUAGUAAAAAAUCUUUUAGACAUUAAAGAAAAGCAACAUAUAACAGAGCAUCGACUUAACGAUAAAAAAAAAAACGAUAUGAUAGCUCAUAGAAAGUUUGUGAAUAAUCUGCCAAGUAAGUUUUGGAUCUAUAGGUAAAUAGUUGCUACUCUAUUAAGUGUUUUAAAUAUAUAAUAAAGAAACAACACAAAAUUUUAGAUUUUGAUUGAC